AUGUUCAAAGAAUAUGAGACCGAAGCUAACACAAACAAAGUUGUUGGUACAUUGGGUUACAUCUCUCCAGAGUAUGCAGCGAAUGGGCUUUUCUCAGUGAAAUCAGAUGUAUUUAGCUUUGGUGUUUUGGUGUUGGAGAUUGUGAGUGGGAAGAAAAACAGAGGAUUCUCUCAUCAAGAUCACCAUGAUAACCUUCUCGGGCAUGCAUGGAGACUUUACAAGGAAGACAAACCUCUGGAGCUGGUUGACACAGCCUUAGGAGACUCAUGGAUUGUUUCUGAAGUAUUGCAAUCAAUACAUGUUGGUUUAUCAUGUGUGCAACAACAUGCAGAUGAUAGACCAAUUAUGUCCUCUGUGAUUCAUAUGCUGAGUGGUGAGGGUGCACUACCUCCACCACAACCACCUGGCUUUUUCACACAAGUGCCUAACCCUGAAGUUAAGUCUAACUUAAUCAUGCCAGAAGUUUUGGUUUCAGUCAAUGAAGUCACAAUUACACAAUUUGAUGCUCGAUAAUUACAUAAAGGUGUAGACCCAUGAGCCAUGACCAAUUACCUAAUCUGUAUUCAAUGGUUUGCACACAAACCGCCUUUCUGUUUCCUUUUCUCUUGGUGAAUCGAGUAUGAAACAUCAAGAUUUCUCUUCACGUCCCUCCCAUGAUCUUAUUAUAUAUUCAAUGUGAUUAAGUACAGAGCUUAUAGAAAACCCAGUCCUGAUUUGGAACUUAAAUGACUUCAUUCUAACCCAUCAGAGUAGUAAGCAACAGCGAUAUCACAUACGAUCUGUAUAUAAAAGCUAACAUCUUGGUUAGCCACAAUUGAAAUGCGGAAGUAGGCUAUAACAAUAACAUAUUCAAAUUUAUGGUCUUGCAAACGACAUGUUUUCUUUGAGAACUUUCAACAAACACCUAAUGGGCAAUGUAGGUUACAAUCAACAAUCGGAAUCUAAUCAAGAUUGGGAAAGUUGCAGCAGAUUUAAUGUGAUGAUUCAGAUAUUAAGCAAUUCCUACCAUUUUACAGCCCCAUUACGAUUCACGGCUAACGAUCAAUAUCAAGACCGGGUCAUGGAGGACGGAUACAUGAAUUUUGUUUAAAUUGCCAGCUGGGCUUUUUCC